GUGGUUUCCCUUGAAGACUCGGGAAGAGGGAAUGCUUGGCGCCUGGAACAGCUGCUGAUGCAAGUGAAGAUUGGCUUUGGAAGUCUACUCUUUGGGUUCAUUAUUGUUUGCUGGAGAAUGUGGUCAGCAUCAGCACCCCAGUCUGAUGAAGGCUCUGACAUUGAUUCGGAACCAGAUUUACCUUUAAAAAGAAAGCAGCGUCGUAGCAGGACAACCUUCACGGCAGAGCAACUGGAAGAGCUGGAAAGAGCUUUCGAGAGGACGCACUACCCUGAUAUUUAUACUAGGGAAGAACUUGCGCAAAGAGCCAAACUCACAGAGGCUCGUGUCCAGGUCUGGUUUAGUAACCGUCGCGCUAGAUGGAGGAAACAGGCAGGAGCCAAUCAACUGAUGGCUUUCAACCAUCUGAUCCCAGGAGGAUUUCCACCCAGUGCCAUGCCAACUUUGCCGACGUACCAGCUCUCUGAGCCCUCCUAUCAACCCACCUCCAUACCGCAAGGUACGGUAGCCAACAG